AUGAAUGAACAGGCUCCCGGUGCGACUGCCGUCAAGAAGAGACGUCUACGAGGUGCUUGCGACUUGUGUAGACAAAAGAAGAGUGAUAGCGCUAAGAUGCCUGGCAAUAUUUGCUCUAGCUGUAUUGCCUAUAAUGAAGAAUGUACUCACGUUUCCUCGAAUAUGAAGAAAGUAGGUAUUAAAAAUUCAGUCAGCUCGUGGCUGAUUUGCUGUACAUACAGGAUAUUAAACAACCGAGCACUUUUAAUUCUGGCUCGCGAAGUGUCCGCUUCUGUCUCGGCUUCGAACGUGUCGUCUCCUGCUCCUGCUUCAGCCGUUGCUGAUGAGGACCCAAGCACGGUGGUCGAUGAUAAAACAGAUGUCGUCCUGACCGACUCUUUGAAGCGGCUGACCAUUAGACGGUGCCGUCAUCGACAUUAUGGCAAAUCGAGCGUCCUAAUGUUGAUGAAAAAGGCAAUUGAAAUUAAGAAGGAAUUCACUGGUACUUCUGAGGGGUUAUCUUUUGAAGCCAAGCGUCCCGAAUUUUGGAAUGACCAACCAUGGCAAAAAUCCUUACAUGAAGAUGAACAUCUGCCGCCCCUCAUAUUCCCAGACGACGACCUUCUGCAAGACCUCAUCGAUAUCUAUUAUGAAGAAUGUGAUAUGCUUGUGCAUCUUAUCUACCGGCCAAAGUUUGAAAAAAAUGUUGCUCAAGGGUUACAUCUCUAUGAUAGGCGCUUUGGGAGCGUGGUUUUGCUGGUCUGUGCCAUAGCAUCAACCCAUUCUAAUGAUCCCCGGGUUUUUCUUGAUCCAACCCAAGAGCAUUCUGCUGGAUGGAAAUGGUACCAGCAAGUUCGACCUAUACCAAGCUCUUUUUUCGAACCGGUGUCAAUAUACGACCUGCAAAUAUAUUCACUCAUGGUCCUCUAUGCUAAUACAUCUACCACCCCCGAAUUAAGCUGGGUGCUACCUGGCUUUGGAAUCCGCAUGGCCCAAUCCGUAGCCGCCCAUCGCCGCAAUCCAGAUAAAUCAAAGUGGACAGUGGAGGACGAAGAAUUGAAAAGAGCAUUUUGGGUCAUCUUUUGUGUAGGCGUGAUCAGCUGCGUCACAACCGGAAGGCCACUGGCAACGACAUCAGACGACUAUGACCUUGAUAUGCCUGUAGAAUGCGAUGACGAAUAUUGGGAGCAUCCGAAUCCAAGCCGAGCCUUUAAGCAACCGGCGGGCAAACUUUCGACCGUCACCUUCUGGGUCAAAUAUUUAGAGUUAUUGGAAAUUUUUGCUUUUAUGCACCGUACCAUUUAUGCUGUUAAGAGGUCGGCGAUGUCAAGCAAUGUGCGGGGCCUUGAGUGGGACAGCAAAGUAGUUGUUACCAUUGAUUCCGCCUUGAACAAGUGGGUUGAUUCAGUGCCUGACCAUUUGAGGUGGAAUCCUCAUAAUCCCGAUCCGAGAUUCUUCAAACAAUCGACAGUCUUGUAUUCCGUCUAUUAUUGGGUUCAAAUACAAGUGCAUAGACCGUUCAUAUCUACUGUCUGCCAGCCCUCUCCGAUAUCGUUUCCUUCUCUUGCUAUAUGUGCGAAUGCGGCGCGAUCCUGUUGUCAUGUCGUUGAUACAUAUCAACAAAGAGGCUUCCGACCGCUCGCUGGCACACAGAUAACCAUUUUUUACUCUGCUAUUGUACUCCUGAUUAAUGUUUGGCGAGGACACAAAUAUGGGAGCUCGGCGACGCCGGAUAAGGACAUUGGUAAUAUACAUAAAUGUAUCAACAUUUUACGAGUCCACGAGAGAAGUGACAUGUUACAUGGCUUGCUUGCGGACCUGGCCUCUAUUCCGGAGACACAUGUCCUUUCACUGAAGCGUAACCGAGAAGGAGAGGACGUGUCAGAGUGGGCGUAUCCUACUCCGGAACCCCUUCCAUCAGACCCGGAAACAGCUGCUGUUAAUUCCCAACAGCAAUUCUUCAACCUUCCUUUGUAUACCGAUGAACUAGGACGACCUUCCACGCACACUUCGAGAUACCACAGCAGCAACAGGGAAACAGCUCAUCUUCAAUUGACCAAGAGAUGGCACAGUGGUUUAAUCGGACUUAGGAAUCAGUAUGCAUUUCUCGGAAUCGCGUAUGGGCAUCUUUCUACUGUGUUUCUAGAAGACAUUCAUCUACAUGGCAUAAUUAUUCAAGAUGUUAUGUUCUGGCUAAGAAUUGGUGUUGUGGCUCGGGCGUCACGGUCGACUGCGCGCUAA